UGAGGGAAUAAACGGACUGUGAUAAAUGGAAACAACUGGUCUGAAAAACAGAGGAAGACUUCGAGUAUAGGCUAAUAAUAAUUUAAAAGCCCUGGUAGGUUUUCUUUAAAUUAUUCAUUCUACAAGAUCAUUUCUGUUUGUUAAUUCAGAAAGACGUGCUGCCUAAGAAAGAUGAAUUUAGAGCAGUGUUGUUGCAUAUGCUACAUAGUUUGACCGGCUCUGAUUGAGACGAUACGUGAAGUUAGUUUCGUUUUGCAUUACUCCGCGAGUGUGUGCGUGUGUGUGUGUGUGUGUGUGUGUGCGCGCGUCUCCUCAGUUUACCGGGGUGGCUCGAAUCAUUUGAGCGCAGUUGUUUUAAGACUGUCACGGAUUCGCUCCCUCACUCGUUCAGUGGCACUUACUGGAGGUGACAAAAACUGUGUGACGGUCUUGAUCAGUGUCUUAAAUAUGUUUUCCCGUCGCUUCAUUACGAUGACUGUUGUUUAUUUUCUUCUCAGCAGUGGGACAAAAGCCACAAGCCCUGUGAAUGCGAGCGUGACUGUGGAUGUUGUCCCUGUCGCUGGACGUCUUGAGGUUACUUUGGCAACCUGCACAACUUCUAGUACGAAGCCUGCUGCUGAGGUCUCAUGGAAUUUGGGUGCUUUAUCUGAUUCUGUGAAGGUAUCGACAAACACUGAGAAACAUUUAGAUGGGACGUUCACAGUCACAAGCAGUCUGAUUGCAGCUCCAACUGUACAGAUGAAUCAACAACAUGUCCAGUGUUUGAUCAAACAUGUUACAAUGAAAGAGGAACUACAAGUUGAUCACAAGAUCACUGUACACUAUCCACCUCAGCUGGUCUAUGUGACACCUUUCAACAAUCUCUCUAAUGCUGAGGUGUAUCAGUGUGAGGCAGAAGCCAAUCCUUCAGCUACACACUUCAGCUGGCACAGCACACACCAGACUAUCCCUAACGAUGCCAUUAAAGCAGAAGGAAAUAAACUCUACUUCUUGAAACUGACGUCUGACCUCACUGGCCUGUAUAUCUGUGAGGCUUCAAACGAGUAUGGUAAAGGAAUCGGCUCACUCUACUGGCAAAAAGGAGAGAAGACAGAAGACAAUCAUUCUGAGCUCUGAGUCCUUUAUACUGGAUGCAAUUCCAUAUUUUCUCAGUGUCAUCAGAGUCCCUUUAAGGAAAUUCAGGAAUAAAAGCUGGCGGCAAUUUUAUUAUUCUUCUUAAAUCCAAAUUAUAUUUACAAAAUAUUUUUCAGGCAAGCAAAGAUAGUCCACAUGAACAUUGUAGAGCUGCUCUUUUAAUUCACAGUGCCUAUCAACAACGUGACUUUUAACUGAAAGGAACUAUAACAUAUUUCCAUAUUGAGCAUUAUGCUUUCUCCCAUCUACUGUAUGUAUGUGUGGACCAUCUGCUUUGCAUAGAUUCUUAACAUUAAAUUUUAUUAACUUAUUU